AUGGGGAACUUUUUGGAUUUUGGCUUUUUGAAAAGAAAGACCACCACCACCACAAUCAACACCACCGUCGCGCUUCCAAACCACCGCCACGCCUCGCUACUGCCGCCGCGCACCUCCCUGUCACCGCCGCGCAUCCCUACUGCCGCCGCGCUGCCCGCCGCCGCCGCACGCCCCACCACCACCACGUGCCGCGCGCCGCCAUCUUCCCCGCGCAGCCGCGCCCGUCCCUGCCGCCGCUGGCCCGGCUGCUACCCAGGCGCCGAUGUCUCGCCGCAGCAAUGA